AUGAAGGCUCUCAGUCUGAUCAUGAUUGUCUAUGCGUAUCAAAUGUUGAUACACUUGGUUACAUGUACUGAUGCACCAUCACAGCAUGAUAAACAUGUGAUCAAAGAAGAGCCACACUCCCCUGCGACAUCAAGACAAUCUUCUCCUCGUCGUGUUUGGGAGGACAAACACGUCAUUGCUGAGCAUGUUUCGGCUCCGAUCUCCUCCAGCCAAACUCAAAGGAGCCCUUCAAGCAGUCCAACGAGGGUCGCAUCCGUACACUCUCAUGGAACACAACAUCAAGCAGGCCAGAAUAUUCAACAGAGUGCAAUUAUUCAAACAGCUCAUGGUGCAUCUAAUGUACAAGUAUCACAAACAGAACCACAAUUAACACCUUCUUCUCCUCAGACUUCUCACGGUUCACCUGUUCAUCAAGAUAUUCGUCAACGUUUACGUUCUUCAAGACGUCCAAGAUCUCCUCAAGAUAAUGAUGCAAGUCGUAUUGAUAGAGAAGUUGAAACAAGCCAAAAAACUCGUCAUAAAAGAGCACAUCGUAGACGCUUAUUCUAG